AGCCAUUGGGUAGGGCCUCGGGGCUUGUAAUUCGUUCCUGCGGUUCGAGCGAGCGCCAUGAGCUGACCAAUGGCCGUGCUCAUGCGCGGCCGGGACAUGCGGGGGAGAUUCCCCAGCAGCUGGGAGAGCUACCAGGAGGACUACGAGCAGCAGCUGGCGCUCCGCGCACACCUGGACUCCCUGGCCGUGGAGCUCUCGGUGCAGACCACCGCGCUGGACCUGCUCCGCACCGAGGUGGCCCUGCUGCUGAGCCGUCGCCGUGUGCGGCACCACAGGGACUUGGCCUUCCGCGCCUGGCGGCUCUGCUCGGCGCCGGCGGCUUCGGCGCUUCCGGCGGCUUCGGCGCCGGUGACGUGGGAGCCGGUGACGCGAGGUCAUCGAAGUGAUCGAGGUCGCGACGACUACACCUUGCGCAGCGCCACCUUGAUCUGCUUCUUCCAGUCCCGGGAUCGGCUGCAGCACGCGCUGUCGCAUUGGCGCCUAGCCGUUCAACGGCGGGGCCCAGGAAGGGCCUUGCCCUUGUGGCGGAUGCAGCUGUGCUUUGGGGCCUGGCGGGGACUGCUCGGCCAUGGCUGUGGCCACGAGCGGCUCCUCGCGACGCGGCGGAAGGCCGCAAAUGCGCUGCGCACGCUGCGGGACUACGACCUGCUCUACUUUGUGCUGCAGGCGUGGAAUGGAGCGGUGGUCUCAGCAGCGCUGGCGCAUUUGGACGGGAGUCGCAGGGAAGGGGUAUUCCAGCCAAAGAUAAGCGGAGUGCCCAGGGACAGCUUCCCAAGACGGGUUGAAAGUCCAGUAAGAUCUGGCCAAAGAUCGCCAGAGCGCUCCCGGCGUCCGUCGCACCUGCACCGCGCCUUCCGCGCCUGGCGCGGGCAGAGCGCGCAGUCCGCUUCAGAGCAGCGGCGCCUGAGUCUGAUCGCGGCACAGGUCCGGAGAGAAAAGCUUCUGCUGACGAUGCACUGCUGGCACAAGGCCGCCUCUUUGGAGAGGUCUUCCCGCACCUGCGGCCAGGUUUGGCAGCAGGCAGCCGCCACUUUGGCGAGGACGAAGGCCAGGAACCUGCUCUGGGCUUAUUGGCGCCGUUGGUCCUGCGGCUCUUGGGCGGUGCGUCAGAAGUCCCAGUCCCAGCGCGCAGUGCGGCGCCUGGGGGCGGCGGCGGCGCAGGCGCUGCGCAUGUGCCGGGCCCAGCUGCAGGCGCUGCUGGUGCUGAGGCAUUGGCACUUUCUGGUGCUUCUGCGGUGCGGGGACCGGCAGCGCCGCGCGGCCGCGCAGAGCCGCGAGGCCGCGGAGGCCAAGAGUCGGGUCCUCGAGCGCCUGCUGCGGCUCACCGCCGCGGAGGCGCUGCGGCGCUUGGCCAAAGCGGCGCUGGCGUGGUGGCGCCGUCGGAUCCACAGCCUGCGCCUGCAGAAUGGGCGCCUCGGCCGGUCGCGGCGCCAAGUUCUGGCGGAGGCCCUGGGCCUUUGGCGCCGGACCUCCGCGGAGAUGCGCCGAAGCCAAGGCGCAGCAGCGCGGAAAGGCAAGCUGCAGGAACGGGCCCUGACGCUGUGGCUGGGCCGCGGGUGCCGCGACCUUCUACGGACAGCCUGGCAGCGAUGGCGAUGGCAUCGACGUGGCCGGCGCGUGGUGGAUAGAAUCACAGAGCUGACCUACAGCGGGGUCCUAGCAGAAGAUGCUGUCCUGCUGCGUGGCUGCUGGGCCUGCUGGCACGCAAUGGUGCUAAAGCGCUUGCGCUGCAACCACUGCUUGAAGUUGCUGCGGCUAGAGCAGGGAAGGGCGACGAUUCAGCUUGCCUUCCAAUGCUGGCGCUGCUUUGUGACAGCUUCAGAGCAGGAAGCUGCGCUUGGAGAGAUGAAAUGCCGUGAUCGGUUACGAUCUACCUCUGCUCAGGCGGUUGCAGCGCUUCAGGCAUUGUGGAGGUGCUCGAUCUUCUUGCAGUGCCUGCGAGCAUGGUCGCUUCUCAUACUUCAACAGCGCCACAGCAGACAAAGCGUUGCAGAACAGGCUGACGCCGAGGAUGCUUUCAGGAGGCAGGCAGAUUUGCAGAAGGAACGGGCCCUGACGCUGUGGCUGGGCCGCGGGUGCCGCGACCUUCUACGGACAGCCUGGCAGCGAUGGCGAUGGCAUCGACGUGGCCGGCGCGUGGUGGAUAGAAUCACAGAGCUGACCUACAGCGGGGUCCUAGCAGAAGAUGCUGUCCUGCUGCGCGGCUGUUGGGCCUGCUGGCACGCAAUGGUGCUAAAGCGCUUGCGCUGCAACCACUGCUUGAAGUUGCUGCGGCUAGAGCAGGGCAGGGCGAUGAUUCAGCUUGCCUUCCAAUGCUGGCGCUGCUUUGUGACCGCUGCGGAGCAGGAGCUUCGUGGAAUGUGUGCGAGAGACCGCAGCGAGCUGCUGCUGGGUGCAGCUGCGGCGCGCCGUUCCUUGCAAGAGCUGCGUUGCGCGGUCAUGGUGUGGCGCCAGCACGCCCGGUUCCGGAGAUGGCUCGGUUGGACGUCCCGCGCGAGUCGCCUGAAGCCCCCGACCUUCAAGGCCUUCUGGGCGUGGUACCGCGGCAGCCAGACCCUGCGCCUGGAGCGCCGCUCUUUGCAGCGCUGCCUCCGCGCCUGGCAGAGUUUGGCGCUGCAGACGCGGCGCCGUUUGUGGGCGGAGCACGCACGCCAGGACCGGUACCUCCUCAGGCACAGCCUCAGCGGUUGGCGGACUCAGGUCUUGGUCGCUUACCGACUGCUGCUGCACCAGUGGAGAGAAUCCGCCCGUUUCGCGCAACACGCGCAGCGCUCGGCCUGGAAGAUGCUGGGCGACCAGCUGCAGCUGGAAGACCUGGUGCUGCAAAGCUACUGCUUCAGGGCCUGGGCCUGGCAUUGGAGCGGCGAGCGGCAUCUGGCCACCAGCCGCGCGCUGCUGGCGCUGGAGCGGCUCUACGCGCAGCUCCGGAGCCAGGAGGCCGAGCGCUUGGCCCGUAGCGCCUUGCGACUCUGGCAGUCUGCGGUGAAGGACGACACCGAGCGCUUCCUCUCCGUGUGCCUGCGCAGAGUGGGCUCUUUGCAGACUGCGCUGGCGAGGCUUAGGGCCUUCCACGCCUGGCGUUCUGUGAACCCGGCGAAGCGCAUCUACGCUUAUACGCUGCUGGCGCGCUGCCUGCAGCACCGCGCCCUGGCGGAGCUGGCCUUCCGCGCCUGGCGGCAGCUGCGGACGCCCAAGCGCCCGGAGGCGGAGGAGAUGUUGCUGCUGUGCCAGGGCCUUGAGACCCAAAACGCGGACCUGGUGCUGCUCCUGCAGGAGCGCGCCAGCGCCAACGCGCUGCUGGAGACGGAGCUGCAAGACUUGGAGCCGCUGUCUGAGGUUGAGAUGCAGAACGCGGACCUGGUACAGCUCCUUCAGGAGAGCGCCAGUGCGAAUGCGCUGCUGGAGACGGAGCUGCAAAACUUGGAGAGGGUUUCUUGAACGCCUUUUUCUGGGACUCCGUGUUCAGGGAGCCAUGCGGAUUCCGAUCAACGGGUUCCGAUCGCUUGCACCAAAGGACGAUGCAUGUAGCAUCUUCCAAUCAUGUUGCUUGAAU